GUGCCUACGCUAGCAGAAUUGGUUGGUGAUGUUGAGCACAGGUUGUGCAUCAAACAUCUAUAUGGGAAUUUUAGAAAAAAAAUACCCUGGAGCUGAGAUGAAACAAGCAUUGUGGAGGGCAGCUAGAGCUAGCACACUGCCAGAAUGGUAUGCUGCAAUGGAAGUGAUGAAAGAGCUUAAUGAGGCAGCAUUUCAGGAUAUGAUGAAUCUGCCACCAAAAAUGUGGACAAGGUCUGCAUAUUCCAGGGACACACAAUGUGACUUACAAGUCAACAACAUGUGUGAAGCUUUCAACCGAGCCAUAUUAGAGUACAGAGACAAGCCGAUCAUCACAUUGUUGGAGGGGCUGAAGUUCUACCUGAACAAUCGGAUUGUGAAGCAAAAACAACUAAUGCUUAGGUGGAGGACAGCUUUAUGCCCUAUGAUACAACAAAAGCUAGAAGAUUCAAAGAGGAAUUCUGAUAAGUGGUUUGCUAAUUGGAUGGGAGAUGAAUACAUGAGUUUGUUUGAAGUUAGUAGAGAUAAUGAGAAAUACUCAGUUAAUUUGGAGUCCAGAUCUUGUGCUUGUAGGAGGUGGGAUUUAUCUGGUAUCCCUUGUGCUCAUGCAGUGGCCAGCAUGUGGUUUGGACGUCGUGUGCCUGAGGACUAUGUCCAUUCAUCUUACAGGAAACAAACAUUUAUUGAUACAUACUCCCACCUCAUCCUACCUAAUAAUGGACCUAAGCUAUGGGUUUAAGUUCUAGCUCCUCCACUGAACCCACCUUACAUGAGGAGAUCUCCGGGUAGACCAAAGAAGGCAAGAAGGAAGAACAAUGAUGAGCCAAAGGACAAAAAGAGGCUGAGGAAGCACAAUUCCACUAUGAGGUGUAGGAGGUGUGGUGAGUAUGGACAUAAUAAGAGAACUUGUAUUGGAAAAACAGCUGCUGACAGAGAGAUUCCCGUGGGAGGAAAUAAGGAUAACACUCAGUUGCUGCAUCCUGAACAGAGGGGUAAAACUAAAUCAGGCCCUAGUUCAUCUCAACAGCCUCAGAGUCAGCCAACUACCCAGGGCCAGCCUCCAUUGAGUCAAAGCCAGCCUCGACCACAACCUACUGAAGGAAGAACUCAGCCUGCAACCAGUAGGGCAAGGGGCAAGGGGCAAGAGGAAGAUUGGAGAAACAAGUGGCACCAAGUAGAUGUGUUGUAAUAGAUUAGAUAAUUUGUGGUUGGUGAUGUUUUGUGACUUUUUUUGUCAGGGGUUAUGUCCCUUAAUGAGACAAUUUGUUUUCUGUGUUCUAUGAUGACUUUGAGUCUGUGGUUGGUGAUGUUUUGUGACUCUUCUGUCAGGGCUUAUGACCCUCCUUUGAUUUCUUUUUAAAGUACUCUGUAAGGUUGCUAUUAUCACCUCUGUGAGGUUAUUUUGG